CAAGUAGUGCACGAGACUAUGCCGUUGCUCGCCGUGAGGCUGCCGGUGGUAGUGCGCUUGCGCAAGAGAAGGACCGAGCUGUUCCUUAAAUCACCUGAGGAGGGGAGUGGACGGGGCCGCGCAGGCCCGCCGUGAGGGGAGGAAGAUGAUGGAGCAGGAGACGGUCGCGCGGUGUUGGCAACCGCGGCGGCGGCUCUGGGCCUUCUGCCUGCCGUGCUGCUUCUUGCUGUGGUACCGCCCAGUGACAGGGAUGGAGUCCACCGCGUCGCCUUCGCCAUCUCCCGCUACGCCGUGUGCUGCUUUUACUCAAAAGACAUGUGAAGAAUGUGUAAAAAAUACCAAAUGUCUUUGGUGCAGUGUCAAUUCCACUUGUAUGGACUAUCCUGUGAGGAAACUCAUUCCACCAUCUUCACUGUGUAAACUUACAGACGCUUAUUGGGCAGUUUGCUGGGCCAGCUUUGAGGCUAUGAUCAUCAGCAUUGCAGUUGUAGCAGGCUUCCUUCUCCUCCUUAUAGGAUGUUGCUGUUGUUACUGCUGUCGCAGACGUCGUUCUAGAGGGCGACCGUCUGAAGAAGAAGAAAGAUUUAUCAGAGAUCGGGAAGAAAAAAGAUUGCAGUCACUUCAGCGAAAACAUGAAAGAAAAGUGAAACAUGAUGAGAUACGGAAAAAAUAUGGUCUCCUUCAGGAUUCUGACCAUCCAUAUAGCAGAUAUGAGAAUGAAUGAAAAUGGAUGCUACUGUGUCUUCUUAAAGAUGGCAAAAAUGUGAAGUUGAUUUUCUGGUUCCAGUUUAAAUCACCAAAUAUGUGCAUAAAUGCUUAAUAGAAAAUGUUCUUCCCCCCCCUUUGUAAGCAGCAUUCUGUUUGUGUAUGUAAUUUUUUUCUAAUACAUAUAGAACACAUCUCUUCCCCCAUCCCCUGUUCCUUUUCUAGACCUCUUAUUUAAUGGAAUGUGAGUUGAGUACAGAAAUAACAAUCAUGUCAUUUCCCCUAACACUCUAACCUUUAUAAAACAAAGAUAUCAUCGUCUUUUCCACAUAAUGCUAAAUAAAGACCUCCUUUAAAUCUGU